AUGUUACCUGAUUCGGAGUACGUCGUCGCUACCAUGCUGCUCCAGAGUGGAGGAUCGAAGUCUGGUAGUGUGUCGUUGCUUGCUACCGCCGAGGGAUUAGGAGUCAAAACGGGGGAGAAUGUGGGGAUUUGGGGGCAGAUUCUACUGGGGGAAGACAAAAGAAGAAGAAAGAAGAAGAUGACCAGACGAAGGUGGUGGUUGGAAUGCAGUGACGAGUUUGGUACUCCGAUUGCUAAUUUAAGGUGGUGGUUGGACUGCAAUGAUGAGCGGCGGCGGUAUCCGGCGAGUUAUGAGUUGGUGAUGAGAGGAGGGGUCGGGAAGGAUGUUUCCGGCAACAGCAAUGGUAAUGGGUGGAUGUGGUUUGCGUUGGCAGCCCAAGGGAACACGAUGGUGGAUGCUGGUGGUGACUUCGGGUGGUUCUCGGUGGCAGUGGGUGAUCAAGGGUGGCAGUUCUUGGCCACUCUUGGUUCCAUCUUCGGUUCUUGA